GAGAGAGAGAGAGAGAGAGAGAGAGAGAGAGAGAGAGAGAGAGAAUGACGAGGGGGGCAAGUUUGAUAUGGUCUUCUUGUCCAUGGCAGGCGAGUCUUGGGCAGCAAUCUACUACUACUACUACUACUAAUAAUAGAUUUUAUAUCAAAGCCGUUCCCUUUCCUUGUCACUCUUACAAUACUUUAAAUUUCAAAAGACGUUUUCUUUCAUCUUCCUCCUCCUCCGAUGUCGUCACCGCUUCUUACUCCUCCCCGGUUCAAGGCCGUGACUCAAUGUCUGGUUGCUCGUGGAUUCAAGACAGUUCGAUGGUUCUUGAUUCGCCCUUGAAGAAAUGCUCGGCGUUACCUAACAAAACAACAGUGGAUGUCUCUUCAGUGUCUGACCUUUUCGAGUUCAUUUGCUCUGGUCCACUCGUAGACAAGAUCGGUAUCACUCCUGAAAAUGUCGGUCAAUCCAUUGACAAAUGGUUACUAUACGGCUCCCAGCUCUGCAGACUCUUUCAGCUUAAUGUGCUUAUGCUCACCGUUCCUCAGAAAGCCAGGCUUUACCAUUACUACAUCCCCGUCUUUGUUUGGUGCCAAGAUCAGAUUGCUCUUCAUAGCUCCGAGUUUAAAGAUGGAGAUGAUGUGCCUCCACUUGUGAUUGGAUUUAGCGCGCCUCAAGGAUGUGGCAAGACUACACUUGUCUUUGCCCUUGAUUAUCUUUUCAAAACUACCAAAAUGAAGUCGGCGACAAUAUCCAUAGACGAUUUUUACUUGACUGCACAAGGCCAGGCUAAAUUGAGAGAAGAUAAUCCAGACAAUGCACUCCUAGAGUAUCGUGGGAAUGCAGGAAGCCAUGAUCUUCCAUUCUCUGUGGAAACAAUAGAAGCCCUGACUCAACUGACCAAGGACGGCAUGAAGAUGAAAGUUCCUCGGUACGAUAAAUCUGCUUAUAGCGGAAGGGGUGACAGAGGCGAUGCAACAACAUGGCCUGAAGUUGAAGGACCUCUAAAGGUGAUUCUAUUUGAGGGAUGGAUGCUUGGUUUUAAACCCCUUCCUGCUGAAGCCGUUAAAGCAGUGGAUCCCCAGCUGGAGACAGUGAAUAAGAACCUGGAAGCGUACUACGAGGCAUGGGACAAGUACAUCAAUGCUUGGGUGGUCAUCAAAAUCAAGGACCCAAGUUAUGUUUACCGGUGGCGUCUUCAGGCGGAAAUAGCAAUGAGACAGGCUGGGAAAGAAGGGAUGUCAGAUGAUGAGGUGAAUGACUUUGUGUCGAGGUAUUUACCGGCAUAUAAGGCGUAUCUUCCGACGCUUUACGCUGAAGGACCAAGCGGCUCGGAACCUGAGCGUGUCCUUGCCAUAGAUAUCGAUGAAGAAAGGAACCCUAUACUCGCUACCUAAUUACACAUCAUGUUGUAUGUAAAAAGAAUAUAACAUUUCUCUUCCUUGUGUCUUUUGACAUGCUAUAUUGUUUCUUACAUUGUGUACAGCAAAGUUUUAGCUAUUAUGCAAUAACACUAUUUUUUUCACAUAA